AUCUUCGGAAUCGAUAUGCGAUUUUCUACAAUGCAGUAGGAAUACUCUCUGAAAAAAAAGGAUAGGCUGAUAGGAAAAAGUAGCGUCCUCUACUGGUCAAAAAAUGUCCCAAGAUCCUGGAGAUGGAGAUCAGAUGACUAGAAGUAGGCAACCGAUAACGUAAACAAAUCUUACCGGUUACAUGCUCGCCGCACUUUACCAUACUCGCUGGAUAUAUUUGCUUAUUUGUGAAAAAAUUGAGAGAUAAACUAUAUUAAAACAAAAUGUCUUACUUAGACCGAAGAAUGCAUUAAUUAACCAUAUUUGUGUAAAGAAAAGUUUUAAAAAAAUUGUUUUUGAUUUGCAACUUCUUGAAUCAAAUUUAUAAGCCUGCGUAUUCAUAAUAUCACAUAUGUUAUGUGAAUUACCCUCGCAGUAAUAGGAACAAUAUAGAAAGCGUUUUAAAAAGGUUAUUUCCAUGCAGAUCUAAUUCAUAGAUUAUCUUCUUUAUACGGAAAAGAAAUCGAUGUGAAUGAUAAAAUAUCUUUUUGCUGACAGUUAAUAAAAUUCUUAUUGAGCGUGCAUAAAUAUUUUUUUAAAAAAAUAUUGUAUGUUCUGAACGAUUUAUAUAAUCAAUAAACUAUUCAAUCAUUGUGUGAAAAUUCUCCAUGGCUAAAAGAAAUAUUAAUAAAGGCAAUCUCAUUCUAUGUAGCAACACUAACAGCAAAUAGUCUCUGUGCAAUGUGUGACAUAGUUGCAAUGAUGUUUUAACGGAAAAUUAUUUUCAUACAUGGAAAUUUAAUGUUUGUGUUGAUAAGUUUCCAAUUGUAGUUUAUCAUUAUACUUCAUUGUUAUAAAAAAUUUUACUUCUGUUCUAAAAAAUUAUACUAAAAGAAUUGGUGCAUUUCAUUGUUUUGUGUUCAUAAUAUGGAAAUAAUUUAUUUAAGCACUCAUUGUGAUAAAUUAAUCAAGAAUAAUUUGGUUUAAGUAACACUUUAAACGAACUUUUCAUGCAUUGCAUUAUUAAACAGUUAUAAAUAAAAUUUCAGAUUAAUGAUUACAGUUGUAGAUAAUUAAGCAGUGUGUCACUUUCAUAAAACAUAUGUGUAAAACAUAUAUUUACACUCAAGAAAUUUAAAUUGUGAUUUUCCUGUUCAUACUGAGAAAAUAUUUUCUGUAUUCAGUUUGCAAUUUAAUACUCGUAAAUAAAAUUAAACUUAGUUGACUUUCUCGCAUUUAUGUUAGUGAAUAAGAGUUUGCUUUUCUUGUGCAUGAUAGAACAUUGCUUUAAAAAUUGGAAAUCAAAGUUUUUUUUUUAUGUCUUAUAGAUAAUUUCAAAAAAGUGUCUGUGAAAGUGAAAAAAUUUUUUGUUGCCUUGGUUUAUAAUGAACUAUAUUUCUGCUGUGCCUUUGUGGAUAAAAUACUAAUGAAAUCAAAUUUGAUAGUUUCAAGCUCGUAUUAGUUAAUAUCAUAAAGUAAAAUAAUUUAAUAUAGAUUUGUAUCUUGGUAUGUUCCACAAAAGAGAAAUAUUAAAGUAGUCCACGAAAAAUAAAAAAAUUUUACAUCUGAAUAUAAUUUAAAUUAAUGCUUUCACAGAUGCACCUAUUAAUAAAUCAUAUUUCUUCAUUAUUAUAUUUUACUUAAUUAAAAAUUUAGUCAAAGUAAAUGACGUGAUACAGCAUGCUCUUUUUUGCACCACAUGUUUUUAAAGGCUUAAUUUAAUUCAGAAUAAGUAUCAUUCUGUAAGUAAACCUUAUUCUUGUUAUUCUAACAAGAGGUUUUCAGGAAAAAAGUGUGACUAAACACUGUAAAAUUAAUACUGGUGAGAAGCCUUUUUCUUGUAGUAUAGGUAAUAAGAUAUUCUCAAUGAAUGAUUAUGAAUAAACACAGUUUUGUUCAUACUGGUGAUAAGCCUCAUUCUUGUAGUAUAUGUAAAAAGAGUUUUUCACAAAAAGGAAAUCUGACACAACACAGUCUUGUUCAUUCUGGUAACAAGCUUUAUUCUUGUAGUAAAUGUAAUAAAACUUUUUCACUAAAAAGUAAUUUGAACAGACACAGUCGUGUUCAUACUGGUGAGAAGCCUUAUUCUUGUAGUAUAUGUUAUAAAAGUUUUUCACAAAAAAGUGUUCUCACUACUCAUGGUCGUCUUCAUACCAGUGAGAAACCUUAUUCUUGUAGUAUAUGUAAUAAAAAAUUUUCACUGAAAGGUCAUCUCACUACACACAAUCGUGUUCAUACUGGUGAGAAUCUUUUUUCUUGCAGUGAUUGUAAUAAGAGUUUUUUACUUAAAAGUAAUCUGACCAGUCACAGUCGUGUUCAUACAGGUGAAAAGCCUUAUUCUUGUAGUAUAUGUAAUAAGAUUUUUUCACAAAAAGGUAAUCUGUCACGCCACUGUCUCGUUCAUACUGGUGAGAAGCCUUAUUCUUGUAAUAUAUGUAAUCAAGAUUUUUCAGCAAAAGCAAAUUUGACCCAACACAGGCGUGUUCAUACCCGGGAGAAGCCUUUUUCUUGUAGUAUAUGUAAUAAGAGUUUUUCACAAAAAGGUGAUCUCAAUACACACGGUCGUGUUCAUACUGGUGAGAAGCCUUAUUCUUGUAGUAUAUGUAAUAAGAGUUUUUCACAAAAAAGUAGUCUGACAAUUCACAGUCGUGUUCAUACUGGUGAGAAACCUUAUUCUUGUAUUAUUUGUAAUUUAAGUUUUUCAGCAAGAUGGAUUCUGAAUAAACACAAUCUUGUUCAUACUGGGGAGAAACCUUAUUCUUGUAGUAUAUGUAAUAAGAGUUUUUCACAAAGAAGUGAUCUCAAUGCACACGGUCGUGUUCAUACUGGUGAGAGGCCUUAUUCUUGUAGUAUGUGUAAUAAGAGUUUUUCACAAAAAAGUAAUCUGACCAGACACAAUCGUGUUCAUACAGGUGAGAAGCCUUUUUCUUGUAUUAUUUGUAAUUUAAGUUUUUCAGAAAGAAGGAUUCUGAAUAAACACAGUCUUGUUCAUACUGGGGAGAAACCUUAUUCUUGUAGUAUAUGUAAUAAGAGUUUUUCACAAAGAAGUGAUCUCGAUGCACACGGUCGUGUUCAUACUGGUGAGAAGCCUUAUUGUAGUAUAUGUAAUAAGAGUUUUUCACAAAAAAGUAAUCUGACCAGACACAAUCGUGUUCAUACAGGUGAGAAGCCUUUUUCUUAUAGUAUAUAAGAGUUUUUCACAAAAAUUAAUCUGAAAGAACACAGUCAUGUUCAUACUGGUGAGAAGCUUUUUUCUUAUAGUAUAUGUAAUAAGAGUGUUUCACUAAAAGGUAAUCUCACUAGACAUGAUCGUGUUCAUACCGGUGAGAAGUAUUAUUUAGUUGGAUUAUGAAACAUAUAAAGUAGUAAAGAUUGCUUCAUAAUAUCAGUUUCUUGUUCUUCAAGGCAAGUCAUUUAAAUAUUUACUAAUCAUGAAUUUUUUUAAUCACAUUUGAACGUUUUAGAGUGUAUAUUCAACCAAAAAUUUGAAGAAUUCACAAGAUUACUCAAACUCUUAAAAAUUAAUCGAAAUUAGUAGAUC